UAAGGCCCCUCGAACGGGGCCAAGAGAAGGGACAGAGAUGCCGGACUGGGAACAGAGACGUUUCCCUGCACUUCCCAGAGUAGGUCCCUGUCCGCACCCCGUGACACAUCCAGCACACGGCCGGUACCGGGGGGGAUGUUCCGCAGCUCUUCCCCCCAGCUAUGACCAAGGGUUAUGGGGUACCAGUGGGAUUUAUCCCGUUUUAGCUGGGUUUACGCGGCUUUAAUGCAUUUUAACUGGUUUGAACCCGUUCUGCUCGGGACUCGGAUUGUCACAGCCCUGCCCGAGGCACCGGGUCCUGCCAGUGCAGCGGCGCUGAGGGCCGCAGCAGCCGAGCUGAAGCCCCGCUCCCCCGGGAUCACGCCACACCACAUCUCACACCUCCGACGGCGACGACGCCUGAGUCACGCCAUCUUGCCAGCCGCCGGGGGUCACGUGAUGCCCUCCCGCGGUCUCGCGAUACUUUUCGCGAGCGCCGCCCGGCCCCCGUUUCCCGCGCGCGCGCGCGCCACUGAGCUCUCGCGAGAGGCGCGUGCUGCAGACGGGGAGGACAAGAUGGCUGCGACAACGGCGAUGGCGCUGGGUACGGAGUCCAUUAAGAUGGAAAACGGGCAAAGCACAGCAGCAAAGCUGGGGCUGCCCCCUCUCACCCCGGAGCAGCAGGAAGCUCUCCAGAAAGCCAAGAAGUACGCGAUGGAGCAGAGCAUCAAGAGCGUGCUGGUGAAACAAACCAUCGCCCACCAGCAGCAGCAGCUCACCAACCUCCAGAUGGCGGCUCAGAGGCAGCGGGCACUCGCCAUCAUGUGCCGGGUCUACGUGGGCUCCAUCUACUACGAGCUGGGGGAGGACACCAUCCGCCAGGCCUUCGCCCCCUUCGGGCCCAUCAAGAGCAUCGACAUGUCCUGGGACUCCGUCACCAUGAAGCACAAGGGCUUUGCCUUUGUGGAAUAUGAGGUUCCUGAGGCUGCCCAGCUGGCCCUGGAGCAGAUGAAUUCUGUCAUGCUGGGGGGAAGGAACAUCAAGGUGGGGAGGCCCAGCAACAUCGGGCAGGCUCAGCCCAUCAUUGACCAGCUGGCAGAGGAGGCCCGGGCCUUCAACCGCAUCUACGUGGCCUCUGUGCACCAGGACCUGUCCGACGACGACAUCAAGAGCGUGUUCGAAGCCUUUGGGAAGAUCAAAUCCUGCACCUUGGCCAGGGACCCCACGACAGGGAAGCACAAAGGCUACGGCUUCAUUGAGUAUGAAAAGGCACAGUCCUCCCAGGAUGCCGUGUCCUCCAUGAACCUCUUUGACCUGGGCGGGCAGUACCUGCGGGUGGGCAAGGCUGUGACGCCCCCGAUGCCCCUCCUGACCCCGGCCACACCUGGAGGGCUCCCACCUGCAGCUGCUGUCGCUGCUGCCGCUGCCACCGCCAAGAUCACGGCACAGGAAGCCGUGGCAGGAGCUGCAGUGCUGGGCACGCUGGCAACCCCGGGGCUUGUGUCCCCUGCCCUGACCUUGGCCCAGCCCCUGGGGGCUCUGCCUCAGGCUGUGAUGGCUGCACAGGCCCCCGGUGUCAUCACAGGUGUGACCCCUGCCCGGCCGCCCAUCCCGGUGACCAUCCCGCAGGUGGGGGUUGUGAAUCCCAUCCUGGCCAGCCCCCCAGCCCUGGGGCUGGUGGAGGUGAAGAAGGAGAAGGAGGAGGAGGAGGUGUUCCAGGAGUCGGAGCGGCCAGAGAUGCUGAGUGAGCAGGAGCACAUGAGCAUUUCGGGCAGCAGCGCCCGCCACAUGGUCAUGCAGAAGCUGCUCCGCAAGCAGGAGUCCACGGUGAUGGUGCUGCGGAACAUGGUGGAUCCCAAGGACAUCGAUGAUGACCUGGAGGGAGAAGUGACAGAAGAGUGCGGCAAGUUCGGGGCUGUGAACAGGGUCAUCAUCUACCAGGAGAAGCAGGGCGAGGAGGAGGAUGCUGAGAUCAUUGUCAAGAUCUUUGUGGAAUUCUCCAUGGCCUCAGAGACUCACAAGGCCAUCCAGGCGCUCAACGGGCGCUGGUUCGCAGGCAGGAAGGUGGUGGCCGAGGUCUACGACCAGGAGAGGUUUGACAACAGCGACCUCUCAGCAUGAACUGCACCCCACGGCUGGGCCUGGAGCUGGGAAUGGGCCCAGCUCUGAUCCCAGGGCUGGGCUGGGCUUAGAUCUGGGGCCUGACUCUGAUCCCAGAGCUUGGAUCUGGGGAAUGGGCCCAGCUCUGAUCCCAGGGCUUGGAUCUGGGGAUGGCCCUGACUCUGCUCCCAGGGCUGGGCUGGGCUUGGAUCCAGGAAAUGGGUCUGACUGAUGCCAUGGCUUGGCUGAGCUUGGCUUCUGGGAAUUGGUCUAUCUCUGAUCCCAGGGCCUGAUUCCCUGAUCCAGGGAAUCAGCCCAGCUCUGGUCCCAGGGCUUGUCAAAGCUUGGAUCCAGGGAAGUUGUCCAGCUCUGAUCCAUUCCAAGGCUUGGCCAAGCUUGGAUCCAAGGAAAUGGUCCAACUCUGAUCCAUCCCAGGGCCUGGCCAAGCUUGGAUCCAGAGAAAUGGUCCAACUCUGAUCCAUCCCAGGGCCUGGCCGAGCUUAGAUCCAGGAAAAUGGUCCAGCUCUGAUCCCAGGGCUUGGCCAAACUCAAUCUGGGGAAUCAGCCCAGCUCUGUUCCAAGGAAUUGGCCAAGCUCUGCCCUGGGGACCAGCCCUGCCCCUCUUUGCCUUCCAGGAUUUUUGUAGCUGUGUGUAAAGGACAUUCCAGGACAUUCCAGGGCGGGCACAGGGGUCUGGUGUCAGAUAAAAAUGCAAAGAAAGCUGGUG